CCGAAGUUAGAAAAUGGCGGAGCCUUCCAUAGGAUGCUCGAGCCCAGGUACAGUAAAUGCAAACUUUCUUUAAGGUGGUUCAGCAGGCUCAGAAGACCAUGAUUUUGAUCCAACUGUUGAUAUGCUUGUACAUGAUUUUGAUGACGAACGAACACUUGAGGAAGAGGAAAUGAUGGAAGGUGACAACAGUUUCAGCUCUGAAAUUGCAGAUCUUGCAAGGGAAGGUGAAAUGCCAAUCCAAGAUUUAUUAAAUUUGUAUGGUUAUGGGAAAACUGUUCCAUUUCCUGGUGAGGAAGAUGAGGAUGAUGACGACGAUGAUGAGGAUGAUGAAGCAGAGGAGGAGGAUGAUGGAGAUGAUGGAGAUAAUGAGGAAAAUAGUGGAAGUAGUGAAGUUCCAGAGACAGACGAUCUGCCAGAUGUACAUCUACUUCAGCAAGAAAUACCAAAGAACUCAAGUGGGCAAGAUGAUGAAACUCUGUCUUCUAAUGAUGACCUUGCACCUUUGAUUACCUCACAAGAUGUGCAAGAGAUGAUCCGACCACGCAGAUGUAAAUACUUAGACAUAGGUAAUGAAGGGGAAGAAGAAUCUGAUGAUGAUGAAGAUUAUGUGCCGUCAGAAGACUGGAAAAAGGAGAUCAUGGUAGGCUCACAAUAUCAGGCUGAUGUUCCUAUAGGCGUUUAUAAUUACAAAGAGAAUGAGAGAGUAUAUGAGAAUGAAGACCAGUUGUUGUGGAACCCUGAUUUUCUGCCUGAGAAUAAAGUGGUGGAAUUUCUUUGUGAUGCUAGUAAGCGCACGGGUGAGGAGAAAGGACUGGAUGCAAUACCAGAAGGCUCGCACAUAAAAGACAAUGAACAGGCCUUAUAUGAGUUGGUUAAGUGCAACUUUGAUACAGAAGAAGCACUGCGAAGAUUAAGAUUUAAUGUAAAAGCAGCCAGAGAAGAGCUCUCCAUUUGGAGUGAAGAAGAAUGUAGGAAUUUUGAACAGGGACUUAAGGCAUAUGGAAAAGAUUUUCAUCUGAUCCAGGCUAACAAGGUGAGAACACGGUCAGUAGGGGAUUGUGUAGCAUUUUAUUACAUGUGGAAGAAGUCUGAGCGUUAUGAUUUUUUUGCACAGCAGACUAGAUUCGGAAAAAAGAAAUACAAUCUUCAUCCGGGUGUUACGGAUUAUAUGGACCGUCUCCUGGAUGAAACCGAGAGCACAGCUUCAAGUUGUGCACCUUCUCCACCUCCAACCACUUCAACCAGUAGCAGUAGCCAGACAGAAAGAGAAGAUACUGCUGCAAUCGGAAGUAAUAUGAAUGGGACAAAUGCUAAUGGUCCAGUCGAAACAUCAGAUCAGUGGCAUGAUUAUGGUGAAAUCAAAGGAUUGAAUUGCAAUGGACCUAUCAAUAAUACUGCAGCAUCUGCUCAUACCAAAUUGAACACAAAUGGCUGUGAGAAAGAUGAUUUGUACAAUGUCAAACUGAUAAAUGUACCGAAUGAAAAUGAUGAGUCUGAAUCAAGUUGUGAAAGACCAACUAAGAGACUAAAAAUCGAUCAUGACUCUGGAAGUGAAAUGAACAGCAUGAACAUUUCAGAACAAAACCUCAAACCUGAAGACCCUGAGAACUUGUCUGUUCUGUCUGACCCAUCAAGGCACCAAAUAUCUAUUGAAUUAGAAGCUCAACAAAUCUAAAGUGUGUGUAAUAACCUAAGCUUGGUCUGACUUUUUAAAAAAAAUACCUGAUUAAUAAUUGGGUUGGUUUGUAUAAAUUUGGUCAUUGACAUCAGUGAUGUCUUUUUAUAUAUCUAUAUAUUAAUAUAUAUUAAUAUAUGUAAUUUCUGACUGUCUGGACUCAAUACAUUCUAUAUUUUUGCCAGAUUUUUACAUACAAGAAAUUUUUGAAUAAGUGCUCAAGUUUUCUUGCAGUCCUUUCUGUAAAACUUGUACAGUUCCCUAAUUUGUACAGUUGCUAAGCUUUAUUGUGGAGGGAAGAUAAUAAAUAUACCAAGAAUCUAAUGGUCUGACUCAUUCCAUUUUGGUAAAGUUUUAAAUUAUUAAAAUGAUGGAAUGUUUAAAUAUUUAAGAGGUAGUGGUUUUACACUGUCUGGGACUGUGAAGAAUUUUCAGGGUCACAGUUUUUACAAGACUGUAAUUGAUUGAAGCUUUUUGUAUGCUAUUCUAUUUAGUGCAGCAUAAAUUUCAGCUUGAAUAUAAAACUUUGUCCCUCAGUGUGUUGCUGAGUCACAGUUCUGAUUACAUGCUGCAUUUUCUUUAUUUUUGAUAAGAAUUAUCUACAUGUUGAUUUAUGCAUGUUAAACUUAAAUUGUGCAAAAAGCUGUGAUAUUUUUCAUUAAAAUUAUAAGUUUUUUUUCCCCCUCAGGAUUCCUAUUAAGUUUACUCUAUUUUAAGUUUAGCAGUGUAAUAAAUGAAAUCUCAAUCCAAGAAUAACCAACUGGGAAAUUACAAGUGUUGCAUUUAUCUUUUAACUUGACAUUCCACCGUGCUUUGUAGUCAGUUAGAUACCAGCAUAGGGAAAUACAGCUGAAUCCGCAAUAUCCCAACAGUGGCCAUCAUGCAUUUAUUUUACAUCCUAGGCCACCACUGUUGAAAACAGCAACCAAUUUAAUUAGAAGUACUGUAAUGUGUUUUAAGUGCUCUGUGAAGUCUUUGUAAGUUGCUGUAGUUUAUCUUGAUGAUGCACAUUGAGGUCCCUCAAAGGGUGAAAGCUGCUUAUUCUCAUAAAGAGAUAAACUGAUUUAAAGUGGAGAGUAGACCAUCAUACUUUGGACUUGGUUCAAAGAUAAAGUUUGAGGAUUCACGUCUUUGUGUUGAAUUCAAAGCUGUCACCUGUUCUUGUAACCAUAUUUGAGUGAAAACUGGCCAACUUUUUAGUUAAACAGUAACACCUAUGCUGAUCAAGAAUUUGGCAAUGGUAAUACCAACACUUUUGACACUAAAUGACCAUUCCUCAAUUCUAAACAAAAUUAUUUGUGCCUAGGAUGCCACCCUGAACAAGUCCUUGGCUGAAAUGAUUAGCUUAUAAUCAAUUCUCUUGCCGUUCCCAAUGGUUUUAGUUUUACUAGGGUUCCCAGAUGACAUCUACUCAAAUACUUGCUUCGUCGUGAAUUAGUGUCAGUGUUUGAUUGAAGAAUGUAUCAAGUUUUCAUGAUGAUUGCUUAUGCCAGUUAGACCAAGGAAAUUUUUUAAAAUCAGUCAACACCCCUGUUCAAACAUCGCACAAGGUUCAAGUAGAUCUGUAGCCUGGGUUGUGGACACUGAUUGGCUUGCUUGUUAAGGUGGGUUGUUCGUUUGCAGCUGUUUCAUUACUCUACUGGGUAACAUUAUCAGUGCAGCCUCUGAAGUGUCUGCUGUGUUUUCCUGCAUGAUAUUAGCUCUAGGGUCUGUUGGAUUUGAUUACCUCAUUUCUAGUUUUUUCUUUGGAGUGAUGAAUAUCUAGGCUCUAGUUCUGUGUUUGUUGAAGGCUUUCAUGGUGGAGAACCAGGCCUCUGGGAAUUAGUUUAGCCUGUGUUGAGAUCCUGCUGUUGUUUCAAUUGAACUGGUAGUUCUCUGUGUGCAUGGAGAUGAGUGAGUAUUGGUUACUGGUUGGUGUAACACACACACACACAUCGCUAUGAAGACCAUCAAAUACAUAGAACUAGAUUGUGUAUAUACACCACUGCAGAUGAUGUGGGAAGAUACAACAUGAGAGGCUGUACUGGGGAAUUCAGAAUCAGGGUCAGUUUUCAGGAUAACACAGUAGGCCGAGCAGCAAAGUAUGACAUUAUGGGAUGAGACCCUGCCUCAAGAGGGGCAAGGGGGGGGAUUCUGAAAUAAACAAACAGGAGCUAGGCUGUUUAGGACUGAUGCGAAAUUUCUUCAGCCAGAGUGACAAACUGUGGCACUCUAUUCAGGCCUUGACUGUUCUAUUGAAAAGAGUAUUUUCAAGAAUUAAUUAGAUAUGUUUCCUGGAGAUAAACUGAUAAUAGGAUUUGGGGUAGAACGUGGGAAUUGAGAUUGAAUAAUCAGUCAUGCUCCUAGUGAAUGGCAAAGCAAAGCAGACUCAAAUAUGCAAUUUAGGAGUAGGGCCUCUAUUAAAACUUUAACCUAUAAUACUGAUCUGUCAAUUUUUCUCACUUUUGGCCCAGCACCAGCCUACCCGCUCAGGCUUUGACUUUUGACUCUCAUUCCCAUUUCAAGAUCCAGAUUCAAUGUGGACCACUGUAAUGGAAUAGGCAAUUCUAAUAAUUCAGAUGUAAUGUCCCAACAUGUCUCCCUCUUCUAUCCCUCAGAGAAAAAUGGAUGGGAGAAGAACAGCAACAAAGAAGCCAUUUUGAAAGUCACAUUUAGGCCAAACGAUGAGGGUGGGAGAUUUUCUUUCCUAAAAAGGACAAUUGAAAUAAAUCUGUUUUUAAGAAUAAUUCUUUAUUUUAAGGUUCACCAUCGUUUAGGCAAGCUUUUGAUUCUAGGUUUACUGAUUUCCAAGUCCACUAACAUUACCACAAUGCCAACAACCCCCAUAAAUCUUCAAGAUUAAUUUAGGAGAAUGGCAUAUGUAAAGACAGGAACAAGUUUUAACAUAAUACAGGUGAAACCAUUUACUUAUGUCUGUAUAUAAUGGAUUGAAUUUGCAAUUUCAGUGUUCUUAGCCUAAUUUUAGACUGGUUUAAAUAAUGACCAAAAUGAGUUAGCAACACACAAAUCUAACAGUUACCAAAAAAAAGGUAUUCAGGCUGGUUGCAAGAAAUUUAUUUUGAUAGAAAUAUAAGAAGAUCCAUCAACUGGUGAUUACUCGAAGAUUGCACAAUUUUAUUAAAAUUCUGCACUUUUACACAAUUGCCUUUCAGGCUCAUUUUAAUAUUUUUGGAUAAAAAUUUAUCAUUAGAAGAAUACAUCAUUUGGAAAUAUUUCAUAAUUUCUCUGCAUUACAAAAUAAUCCAUUAUAAUCACCAUUUCUACCACAUCCUUACACUAGCACUUUGCCUGUGCAUUGAUCACUUUCAAUAAAGUGGCAGUUAAAUAAUGCGGUAGUUGGUACAUUAUGCUUUGUAAAAAGAAAAACAUGUAUAUCUAGUGUAAACUAACGGGAUCUGAUUUAUUGACAGAUCCACAAAUUACUAAAAUCCUGUAAACAGCAACAAUGCUUAGAAUACGCCAAUAAAUUCAUGAUUACUCGGCUUGGAUCUUAUGUGGUCACUAUUUAUAAGUCGUGGGUGCUAAAGAAUGGAUUCUAAUACUGAAAUACAUCAAUAGCAUGCAAUUUAAUUAAAAAUAUUUGCAGUUCAUUUCUAAUACUGAUGGUAAAUCAAUUUUAUAGCUU